AUGGCAGAGCCUGACUCGGCCAAGCUCGCCCGGCCUACACUGCCUGAUGCGGCAGAACUCCGGGCCGAGCUGCACGAGGCUGUGCUGCGUCUCAGCUUCGCGGAGCUCCACAGCAGCACCCAGUGGGCCUCCGAGCUGCUGGCAGCGCUGCCACCUGGAGGAGCGGGCGAAGCUUCGCCGGCUUCGGCCCCGUCGGUCUCGCCGACACUGUCGCGGAGUCUUUGCAGCCCAGUGCUCCUUGCCAAGGCCCACUUCGGCAUGCGUGAGUACUCGCGGGCUGCCCAUGUUCUGCAGGGAGGUCCUGCUCACAGCCAGGAGCUGCAUUCCGCACCGUGGCCAGUAUUCUUCAGGUCCUAUGCCCUCUACUUGGCGGGGGAAAAACGGCGAGAGGAAGAUGCAGCAGAGGUGUCAGACCCAGCGGAGGCGAGCCGCAUCCACAACACCGAGCUGAAGACGCUGGAAGAAGAUCUUUCUGCGCUUUACCGACAACAGAAGCUGGAUGGUCUGAGCCUUUAUGUGUACGGCAUCGUGCUCAAAGGCUUGGAGCUGAAAGAGGAUGCCCGACGAGUUCUUCUGGAGUCUGUCCAUGCUUUUCCCUGCAAUUGGUCGGCGUGGUUGGACAUCAUCAGUAUCUCUGCGGACUUAGAUGACGUCAACGGACGCUGCGAGGAUGUGAGGCUGCCGCCCCAUUGGAUGUCCUUGUUCUUCGAGGCGGCGCUGCAGCUGGAGCUUCAGAGGAACGACAGUGCAAAAGACCUUUAUGGUGCACUCCGAGCCUCUUUCCCUGAGUCUGCCUACAUCGCCUCGCAGAUAGCAACCUGCUUCUACAACCUUCGGAACUUCGAUGCCUCGCAGCUGGCUUUCGAAGAGCUCCGUCGUCGAGAUCCCUAUCGACUUUCGUCUCUAGAUACAUACUCGAACAUCCUGUUCGUGAAGGAGCAGGCAGCAGCACUGAGCCAUCUGGCGCGCCAGGCCGUCAAGAUAGACAAAUACACGCCUGAAGCUUGCAUUAUCAUCGGAAACUAUUACAGCCUGAAGGGUGAGCAUGAGAAGGCCGUGAUCUACUUUCGGCGAGCUCUUGCGCUCAAUCGCCAUUUCACUCCAGCUUGGAUUCUGAUGGGUCAUGAGUUCAUGGAGAUGAAGAACACUGCCGCCGCCAUUGAUGCUUACCGGACAGCCGUGACAAUCAACCGGCGGGACUACAGAGCUUGGUAUGGGUUGGGGCAGACAUACGAGCUGUUGAGCCUUCACUUCUACGCUCUUUUCUACUACCGACAAGCGAUGUCCCUCCGGCCAGAUGAUGCACGGAUGUGGUGCGCCAUGGCGCAGUGUUAUGACCACAUGGACAGAAAGGCGGAGGCACUGAAGUGCUACGAGAAGGCACACCGCUGUGGAGAUAUGGAGCGGAUGGCCCUACCCCGCCUCGCACGACUGCAUCGCGACCAUGGAGACCACAGGCAAGCUGCCGCCUACUACGGCCAGAUGCUGGAGCAGAGCGGGCAUUCCAGGAUAGUGAGCAGUGCUUCAGGCGUGCGCCCCGACCCGUCUGGCUUGGAGAGCAUCGCCUCGGUGCGGCGGCCCCUGGCGGGCGCCCUGCAAGGGGGGCUGGCAAGCGAGAGUGUGGAAGCGCUGCGCUUUCUGAUGAACUUCUUUGCAGAGGAGGGCCGUUUGGCAGAGGCAGAGGCCUGUGCAACGCAGCUUCUCGACACUACGGGCUCUGAGAAGGACCCUUCCCUGUGCCGCAAGGCGUUGGGUUCUGGGGCGGAAGGCGCCUAUGUGUCACCCCUGGAUUCGGAAAUUACUUUCCCAAUGAACCAGUUGGCGAGUGCCAAUGUUGAGGCAGACGAAGAUGGCUGGACAAACGACAUUAGAGAUUUCCAGAAGGCUUGUAUCGACAUGAGCGAUGCCGUCGGCGGGAACAAGUGGCCUGAGAUACGUUGUAUGACUGCUCGGCUGCUACUGCGCCGUCGCAAUUUGGCCAUGCUGCGCUGCGUCUGGCUUGGCGCUCUCUGUGUCAGAGGCCUUCUGGUUCACGCAGAGGAGACGUGCGCGCAGAAUCAGAACGACCAAGACGAGCCAACCCAGGCAGCAACUGUGGCAGAUGGCACCCAGGACUGCGGAUGCAGCUCCCUCAGCCGUGGUGCCUCAACAAAAGGCGAGCACAGUGAGCCUGUGAGGUUCGAUGGCCUGUCAGACUCGGCGAAGAGGCACAACGAAGACAUGGUGAGCAUUCCUGCGGGUCGCUUUCACAUGGGCGAGCGGAAGGACAGGGUUCACUUCCCACAGGACGGUGAAGGCCCUGUGCGGCCAGUGCAAAUGUCCAGCUUCUGGAUGGAUCGCUUCGAAGUGAGCAAUGAGAAAUGGCAGGAUUUUGCAAGAGAAACGGGUUACCUCACGGACGCCGAGCGAUUGGGCGACUCGUUUGUAGCAGAGACCUACCUUUCAGAAGCCGUCAACAAGACCAUACACAAAAAAGUGGACGCAGUGCCUUGGUGGCUGCCCGUUCCAAAUGCUUCGUGGCACAAGCCGGAGGGCAUUGACAGCUCGCUGAGCGGAGUGAGCAGCAGAUAUGGAGAUCGCUGGAACCACCCUGUUGUACAUAUCUCGUGGAACGAUGCGGAGGCAUAUUGUAGAUGGAGAAAUGCUUCCCUGCCUACAGAGGCACAGUGGGAAUAUGCAGCAAGAGGCGGCCUUGAGGGCAAGCUAUACCCUUGGGGCGACACAACGUAUGGGAACGAAACAGAGGGGAUGCCGCGACGGCACCGGAUGAACAUCUGGCAAGGCACGUUCCCGAAAGAGAACACGGCCAAAGACGGAUACCCGAAGACUGCACCGGUCGAUGCCUACGGUCCGCAGAAUGAGUGGGGCUUAUACAAUAUGGUGGGCAAUGUAUGGGAGUGGACCGGCGAUUGGUACAGCCCUGUUCAUUUCCUGACCGACAAGAACAAGGAUACAGGUUUAGUGGACCCAAGAGGGCCGGAAAUCGAGGAACUAGAUGAGAUAGUUGAGAUGGGCUAUCUGAAAAAGGACUCUUCCGGACAAUAUGAGAAAAUCAAGAAAGGCGGCUCUUUCAUGUGCCACAAGUCCUAUUGCUACCGCUAUAGGAUCUGUGCCCGCAGCCACCUUACAGCCGAUGGUUCCGCCCAUCACACCGGAGUUCGCUGCGCCAGAGAGCUGCAACAAACGAAGACAUGA